AUGGCAGCACCACACUAUCGAAAAGUCGAGCUUCAAUCUCCAGCAGACUUCACCUACCUCUACGCCAACACAGUUGCACUAUCGCGCCGAAAGCUCGACCUCUACUUCCCCCCCUCCGCAACGAACAAUGACACCCCCGAUCCGAUGCGCGAACGCGUCCGGGAGUUGGUCGACGAGUACAUUAAUAAAACAUUCGAAUCAGCCUCAGCCUCAAUUAGCAUCAACGGUAUAGACUCCACCUCACCACAAUUCCCGUUCCCGGCAGCAUUCACCGCGCCAACAGAACAAGUCGAGUAUGAGGCAUACGACACAGACCUUGCGUCGCGUGUGACGUCGCUGUACGCGCAGCUGGAAUCGCUCAAUACGACUGUUGCACAGCAGAGACGGGAUGCGCCGAGACGUGCGGCAAAAGAAUAUGCCGCGCAAUUGAAGAAGAUGAUUGAAGAGGAGGAAGAAGAAUAUGAAAACGAGGAUGAGAUUGAGAAUGGACAGAAAGACGCUGAUAACGAUACGGAAAUUGGCAAAUCUGCGAAUGUGCAGCCCCAAUCCAACAUUCAAAACGUGAACGCAACACUCGGCCAAGAGGCGAAUGGUAUGGAGGUUGAUUCUGCCCCGCAUGGAACUGGAUCGGUGCGGACAGGGGCCCAGAUGCACUCGCGGCGCCCCUGUAGAAACCUCGACCCGGCGUGGACGUUGCAGGCUGCGCUCGGGACGGAAGAGGAGCAGGAGAGGUGGAAGAGUGGGGACAUUGCGAGUGUCUAUGAGGAUGCUUUGCGGAUGCUGCUGCGGUUGCAGGGUGAUGGCAAUUCUAAUACAGACGCUGGUGUGGAGGGUAAUGCGUUGGCAACGACGGUGGGCAAGGCUGAGAGGGCUGGCCGUGCUGCUGAAGUGGUGGAGAAUAUGAACAAGGGAGGGCUUUGA